AGCAAAAUUAACGGCGGCAGGUAUUCAUGUUGAGGGUUGGAUGCUCGGCUUGUCCGCAGACACUUGGCUCUUGCCAGCCGAUGGAAUGGAGAAGACGGGAAUGGAAGAGACCGGCAGAGAAUGCGGAAGGAAAGAUGGAGUUGCUCUCGAGAAAUCAGGCGCAAACAUUGCAGAUUGAUUUGGUGCUACAAAGUGCAGUCAUUAGCUCUUGUGCCAAAAGCACAGACUGGAACCAGGCCCUGGCCCUUUUUGCCCUUCUACUUGAAACAGAAGUGGAAUUGGACAUAGUUUCAUAUGGUGCGGCAAUCAACGCCUGUGCCAGAGGAAAUCAAUGGUAUCAAGCUCUUCUGCUUCUUGCCGAUCUAAGCGAGAGAGCGCUGGAAGCAAACCUCAUCACCUACAAUUCUGCAAUCAGUGCGUGUGAGAAAGCUGGAGAAUGGCAGCAGGCGCUUGAAUUGCUGAGCACUUUGCAGGAAAUCCAGCAGGAGGAUAUCAUAAGCUACAAUUCUGCCAUUAGCGCUUGUGAGAUAUGCUGGCCUAGGGCAAUGCAACUAUUUCAUGAAGUGCAGUCAAGAAGGCUCCAAGCAAACCUCAUCACUUUCAAUUCGGUCAUCAGUGCAUGUGCCAAAGGUGCGGAGUGGCGGAAGGCCUUGGAGUUGACAGAGGAGCUCGAUGCAAAGCGCUUGGAAAUUGACGUGAUCUCCUACAACUCAGCCAUCACUGCAUGUGAAAGGGCACAAACAUGGGCACCGGCCAUGCAACUGUUCGAAGAUCUCUACUUGAAAAGACUCAUGCCGACGAUGAUCACAUACAAUGCAGUCAUUGGCAUUGGCUCUUGUGGAGAAAGCGAGAACUUCAUACAAGAGGCCCAGGGCAGGAGGCUCUCACCAACCGUUAUCACCUACAGCUCAGCAAUUAGUGCCUGUGAAAAGACUGGGGAAUGGCAACAGGCGCUUGUAUUGCUCCUGAAUUCACGUCUGCAGCAGCUUUGCAAUAUCAUCACCUUCAGCUCAGCGAUCAGUGUUUGUGAGACUGUUGGAGAUUGGUGGAUGUCGUUGCUGCUGAUGCAAACACUUAAAGAAGAUGAAGUGGAAGCCCAUGUCAUCACCUAUAAUUCUUUGAUCAGCGCCUGCAGCAAAGGAGACCAGUGGAUCCUUGCGUCCCACUUCUUCGCCGAACUUGCCCACCGGCACUUUCAGCCAGAUGUAUUUUCUUACAGCUCUGCAAUAAGUGCGUGUGAGAAGUCUGGAAAGUGGCAGGAGGCCCUUCAGCUCCUCUCGUUCCUGUGGAACUCCCGCGGGGCAAAUGUCGUGAUUUGCAGCUCUGCCAUCAGUGCAUGUGGCAAGGGUCAGGAGAAGCGGAGCCUAUAGCCGCUAUAGCCUCUCUCCAAACGUCACGAUGCGCGUAGUUUUUGGUUUCACAUUGUGUCACAUCGUUUUCACAAUCUUAUAUUUUUAUGUUGCUUGUUUUUGUUCUUUUAUGUUUCCCCGGCUGUCCUCCUGUUGUCCUCCAGGUGUCCUCCUGCUGUCCUCUGGCAAGGCUUGUCCUCCUGCUGUCCUCCUCCCGUCCUCUAGCCACGCUUGCAAACGCUGUGUCCUCCUCUUGUUCCCCAAACAUCCCCAAACAGUUUAAGAAAGAAAUUGCAUUCUUUUCCGCCUUGCCCGGGGCUUGUCCAGGAUUGUCCAGGCCUUCUCGGCUGCGCGGCCCUUUUAUCGCCGCCUUGGCCAUGCCGCUUUCCCUUUCUCCACCGCCUUCUCCGGUUAUGUUUUCGUGUGGCUAUGAAACCAAGAGUGGCGCAGCGUUCCAAGUUUGAUAUCAUCCUCAGAAUGUUUCCCCAAACAGUUUCCUGUUGGGGUUCUCUCUUAGGAAACUGGCCAC